UCAGGAAGGACUGAAUACAACAGAGAAGAUCACUGAAGAAGAGAAGAAUGAAGAUCAUCUGGACUUUGACUCUGCUGAUGAUUCCUGGUGUGCUGGGCUUCAGAGUGACGGGAUAUUCAGGAGGAGGAGUCAGCAUCACAUGCAGAUAUAAGACAAAAUAUAGAAACAAUGCCAAGUAUUUUUGUAAAGGAGAGUGGUCAGAGUGCAAAAACCAAAUCAAAACGAAAACUAAAAACAAAUGGGUUGAUUCUGGAAGAUUCUCUCUGUUUGACAACACCAGUGCUGCAGUUUUCACCGUGACUUUCAGAGAUCUGAGAGAAGAGGAUAAUGACAUAUACUACUGUGGAGUUGAGAGAUCAGGACUAGAUCCUUACACUGAAGUGAAGCUGAACGUUAUAUCAGGUCAGAAGAUCAGUGCUGUGUCGGGAUAUUCAGGAGGAAACGUCAUUAUAAACUACAAAUAUGAGAUGUCACAUAUGAACCACAUGAAAUACAUCUAUAAAACUGUAGCAGAUGGAUUUCUUCCUUUAAUAAACACUAAAAGAGCAGCAGAAUGGACACAUGUGGGUCGAUUCUCUGUUCAUGACGACAGAUCUGCUCGUCUCUUACGUGUUUUCAUCACAGAUCUGAAUCUGAACGAUUCUGGAGAAUAUAAGAUUAUAGUCCAAGUUUCUGAAGACUACAGUUUCUUCUCUGAGUUCCUCCUGAACAUCAUCGACGCUGAUUGUUGUGAGAAGAGCAUCAGUCUAUCAGCUGCUGCAGGAACAUCUGUGAACAUCAGCUGCAAAUACCCAGGAUCCCACAGCGCCGACGUGAAGUUCAUCUGCAGGAGAUCUGGAUCUGAUCUCUGUGCUGAAGAGACGUUUGUGAAGGAGAGCAGAAGAUGGAGCGCCGAGGGACAGAUCCAGCUGUAUGAUGACCGAAAGCAGCGGCUCCUGACGGGAACCAUCAGUCAUGUGACUCCACGACAUUCAGCUGAAUACUGGUGUGGAGUUCAGUCUGAUCAAGAACACAAGAGCUUCAUCACACGAGUCCUCCUCAGAGUCACAGACACAGAUGUUUCAAAAACGACAUCGACAAACGAUGUUUCAUCAUCAUCAUCAUCAUCAUCAUCAUCGUCUGUUUUCAAAGCAUCCACGUCUAGCUUCACAUCAGAGUCUCCUCUCGUGUUACAAGACUCUUCUCUGAUCAUCUCUCUGGUUCUGGUUCUUCUGGUUCUGAUCAUCGUUGGUGUCUUCUUACUGGUUUUCUGUAAAAAGAUUCGGUCUCGAGCCAGUGAUUUGUCGUCUCAGUCUGGAGCAGGAAAACAUGAGCUGGAUUCUCACACUGCUUGUGUUUAUGAGGACAUUAAAGACAGUUUACCCACAAACCCCUCUGUUUCUCCUGACUGUGUUUAUGCUACAGUUCAGAAAGAGUCUCAGACCUUCAUCACAUCUGCUGAGGAUCUGAAUUACGCCGUGGUGAACUUCCAGAAAGACUGUCCUGACAGAGUCAGAUCGAGGAAUGAUCAGGAUUAUACUGAAUAUGCUGCUAUCAACUAUCUCAACGCCUGACAGCACCACAUAAACUUUUAAUCUAGUAUUUCAGAACCUUCUUGCAUAAACUGUUUGGUUUUUGUAUGUUACUAAUUUAUCUAAAUAUGAGAGUAUAAACUCUUUGUGCGACAUGCAGCUAUAUCUGAAAGAUGGUGAAGCUUUUAUAGCAAGCUUUUUAAACAUAACAAAACUGUAUUAGGUCAACUUUGUUUUUAAAAGUGAUUGAUAUGUAAGGGAUAAUACACACCCUGCAGGUUAUUAUUGCAGAAUAAAGCUCUAGUUGUACAUUACGCAGACUUCUUGCCACAAAAGUGAAUAAUAAGACACGAAAUCUGAAUUUAAAUACUGUCAUCUGUCCACUGCUGAAAACUUUUUUUUCCAUACAUGUUGAAAUUAAUAUUGAAGUCCUCCAUUUUAACUCGUGGCUAAGUGUUUUAAGUCACAAGAUGGCGGCAAACUGUCAGCAACUACAGAGUGAUACGUGACGCUCAAGAUGAUUAGUACUACCCGGAUGAGCUUGUUUUACUAGUUGUACUGGUUGUUAUCCUGGAAUAAAAAACCUUGAAAUGUGGCAAUAAAAUAAAAAAA